ACCGCUUCCCGUGAGCACAUCGUUCGCUUGAUCUCGCUCUGUCGAUCGAGUCCGGCUGUGGAAGCCAUUUUAUUUCUGGUGAUUGUGACAAAAUUGAAAGUACUUUGAUAGAACUUUUGCAUUUGAAAUAAACGUGUCAAUGUGUUUUUAUAUUGGAAGUGUUUUGUGACGUGUAAUUGUGAUUAGUAAAAAUAAGAAUGUACGUGCUUAAAAUUGGUUUGUGCUGACCUGCCCAUAUUCUUAUACGAUCAUACCCCAAGCAUCGAUUAGUGCAGUAAAGCGGCCUCUAAUAACGGCGAAUCGAGGGCAUUGGACUGCUUUGUGGUGUGAGCCAUGGGCAACAAUGCUGCCACCGCUAAUAAAAAGGUGGACGCCGCCGAAAGCGUCAAAGAAUUCCUCGACCAGGCCAAAGAGGACUUCGAGGAGAAAUGGAAGAAGAAUCCUACCAACACCGCCGGACUGAACGAUUUCGAGCGGAUAAAAACCCUAGGUACUGGCUCGUUUGGACGAGUCAUGAUAGUCCAACAUAAACCUACUAAAGAAUAUUACGCUAUGAAAAUAUUAGAUAAACAGAAAGUGGUUAAAUUGAAACAGGUGGAGCACACUCUAAACGAGAAACGUAUCUUACAAGCCAUCAACUUUCCGUUUUUGGUGAGCCUUAAAUUCCAUUUCAAGGACAACUCUAACUUGUACAUGGUGUUGGAGUAUGUGCCUGGAGGGGAAAUGUUCUCGCAUUUGCGCAAGGUUGGUCGGUUCUCGGAGCCGCAUUCGCGAUUCUACGCAGCUCAAAUAGUCUUAGCAUUUGAGUACCUUCACUAUUUGGACCUUAUUUAUCGGGAUCUGAAACCUGAAAACUUGCUAAUUGAUUCUCAGGGUUACUUAAAAGUUACAGAUUUCGGAUUCGCUAAACGUGUGAAAGGCCGCACGUGGACUUUGUGCGGCACUCCUGAGUAUCUUGCACCUGAAAUCAUUCUAUCCAAGGGAUACAACAAAGCUGUGGAUUGGUGGGCGUUAGGAGUGCUCGUGUAUGAGAUGGCGGCUGGCUACCCGCCCUUUUUCGCUGAUCAACCCAUUCAGAUCUAUGAAAAAAUUGUGUCUGGCAAAGUACGAUUUCCAUCACAUUUUGGUUCAGAUCUGAAGGAUCUGCUUCGUAACCUACUUCAAGUAGAUUUGACCAAACGCUAUGGUAACUUGAAGGCUGGUGUCAAUGAUAUAAAAGGUCAUAAAUGGUUUGCCACCACCGACUGGAUUGCUGUCUUCCAGAAGAAGAUAGAGGCUCCAUUCAUACCUCGCUGCAAAGGACCCGGUGACACAAGCAAUUUUGAUGAUUAUGAAGAAGAAGCUCUUCGUAUUUCUUCCACUGAAAAGUGUGCAAAGGAAUUUGCAGAGUUCUGAGCACAUAGCUGGUGCCUGCGAGCGGACACUCCCGUGAGUAGGUGUUUUGUUACAGUGAAUCUUCCGUGAAAGAGAGUUCGUGGAAUAAGAGCUGAUUUAUCUAGAAACAAGUGGCUUUGGGAGUUUAUAGACGCUGAAGCGAACCCGAGUUAGCACACUGUGCAGAUAAAGUGGAGUGUAGGUGCAAUGAUAGUAGAAGUGAUUUCCGAUAUUUCGGUGGCGUUCAUUUGCUUAGUGCCCUUUCAAGUUGACUAACAUAGAGUUGGUAGUGAGAGUUAAAGUUAUCCUUGCUGUGGUGAUGUCCCUGCAUGAUUACUCUGACACCUAGUCUGAGCAUUACACCAAGCACUACCUAGUUCAUUAUUUCAGUAGUUAUUGUCAUUUUGUGGUGUGGUGCUGGAGGUGAGCAGCAUUACAUUGUUUUUUAUGUUUUUAUAAAAUCAACAUUUAAACUUUGUAAGUAGUGUAUUAAUUGAAAAAUAUAUGUAUAUAUUUAUAUUUAUUUCAUAACAGAAUAUCUCAAAAUAAUUAAAUGUAUUAUUUGUUUACAUCACUAAAUUAUGUAUUUAGUCCAGGUAAGAUAUUUUUGAAUUGAAUUUCUAAAAGCUUAGUGUAAUUUUCCAUGGAAAGUUGUUUUACAAAUAUAAUUUUUAAAAGAUAAUUGACAAUGAAUUUGUUUGUUUAUAGUUCACAUUUAUUGUAUCAGGUGAUAUUUUAUUGUGUAGGGAACCAACUACAUCAAAAUAAAGAGAUUAAUUUAUUAUAAAUAUAAUACACAGUACUUGUGUUCUAAUAUGCAAUUUGUUGACCUACGUGUUUGUGAUCUGAUGUGAGUUCAUUUUGGUAUUAAGUAUAAUUGUUUUAGUUCCUUAUUUUGCUGGUUAAGUUAUAAAUGUGUAGUUUCUUUGUGAUGAAACACAAAACAUAUAUCUGAAGCAAAUGUUACACUAUUGAUGUGAUUUGUUAGCAUCAGUUUCAAGUGAAGAUAUUUUACUAAUUAAACAUGCUUCUAAAUAACUGAAGCAUAUUUGUUACUGUUCAUUCUGAACAUUUUCCAAAUAUUUCCUUGUCCAACCCGAUAAACCAAAUUCAGGGGUACACGAAAAUAAUAGGAUUGAGAAUAUAUUACUACUACCAUUACACUAAUAUAAAAAUGCUUAAUGGCAAUAUCUUGUUACUGAGACUGAUGUUAUCAAUAAGUGGCAAGUGUGUGAAAAUUAUCAUACAUCAGGUGACUUGUACAAUACUAUUUGAUUCUAUCACAUUGUGAAGUUGUGACAAAAUUGGAAUUAAAUUGGCGAUGUUUACUAUAAAGUUUGUUAGCUAUUUAGAUGUAGGACUUUGAAUCCAGGCUGUACAAAUAUCUAGUUAUUUGUAGUGCAUUUUACAUUGUGAGCAUCUGUGGUAAUAGUUAUUAGGGUGAUAAAUGAGAAGAUCACUAAAUAGCAUCAUGCAUGUUCAUAAAAUUAUAUCAAGUGAUGUAACUUUUGGGUAAUAUGCAAAUAUUUAGAGUCGAUUGUUCACAGAACUAUGUAUGUAAACUAUUUACAAUUGGAUCUUAAAUCAAAUAUAAGAAUCAUAUCAAUACUUAUAUGUGAGACAAUCUAAUCAUAAAUUCUUACAUCAGUCGAUCUUUUCUUCUGAAUAGUUUUGAACCUUUCUAUAGUAGUUGAAUGAUUAUAAUGUUUCCUCCAAGGUUUAUAAUAUUUGUCAUUUCUUUAAGUAGGUGCUAAGGGAAGAGUCAUGAACAAUGUCUUAAUUGGUGAAUUAUCUAUAAUAAUUGUUACAGUCCUUCUAUUGGUGCCAUAUAACUUUUUUUUUUAAAUUGGUACUAUUUGUUUCUAUGUUAAGUCUUUUUAAUUUCACUUGUUAAAUUUUACUAGCACCAAAACUGAUGUCACAUUUGCACAAUAUCCAUUAUGCGAUUAUGAAUGUUGUUUUUUAAUCCAUUUAAAAUAGUCUAGUCUUUUUCUCGUGGCUAUUAAUAUAAUAAAGUGUAUUCAUUGACGAUUCAAAAAUAGCUCAGUGUCUAAACAAUUUAAGUUAGUUUGUAGGAUUAGGUAUUUAAUGUUUUUUGUGCUUUAAACUAACUGCUAAAAUCAAAGGAAAAUUGCUGUUAUGCAGUUAAAUGAAUAUUCGAAAAAGGCACUGGUAUUCUAAGGUAGUUUUCUUCUCAUCAUUAUUUUAAAUGAAAUGUUGAUUAUUAUUAUUAUAAUGGUAUUAUUGAAAGGAAUUUCUCGUAAGAUUACGUGAGCCAACAAAAAAAAACACAUAUAAUUCGCCAUUUGGACAUUGUUUGAUAAGACCAAAUAUAUUUCGAUAGAUUGCAUCUUCUGUUAGUUGUGGAAAAUGCAAAUGAUAAUCUGGUAAUAUAGAAACAAUUUAUUUAAUUGUAUAUUGUCCUGAGAGUUUCAAAUGUAACUAUUCUUCAUAACAGUGAUUGUAUAUAGUAUAGUGAUCGUGUUCCUGGUAAUUAGAAUUUUCAUGUUCAGCUUUGAAAUCCGCAUUUUCAUUCCAGUAGCUUCACAAAUUUGCCCAUUAACACAAUCAGAAUGUGAACAUUUUAAAGUCAUUUCGGAUAUUAUAAACAUUAGUGUGACAGUGUAUUGUGUAUUUGCGAUGUAUUUUAUAUCUGCGCGUUUAAUCUUAAUAUUAAAAUGUUCACGUUUAGAUCUAUUAAAUCGAGUGCCUAUAGCAUUGAGAGUUCAAAAUUGUAUAAAGUCCGUGAAUUUCAUUCAUAAUUUGUCACCGUGUAUUGAUCUUCCAUAAAAUUACGAUGAAAUUAAAUAAAAAAUAUCGAUGUAACAAUA